AGGAUAAAAUGAUAUUACUAAAUAUUCAAGAUUAUUUUUUGAAUUAACAAAAAAACAAACUCAAAUUAAUGAUGUAAAGAUAAUUUGCAUACCAUUGUUGGCUUUAACAAAAUUUAUUUGCUAAAGACAUCAUGGGUUUAAAUUGCCUAGUAAAAUUGAUUAACAAACAUUUCAUCACCAUGAGCUUUGGUAUAUUGUUAGUAUCGUGCAUUAUCGUCCCACUUCUCACCAUUUCGGUAUCAGGGUAUAAGAAUCAACAAAUGGGAACAGAGCAUGAUAAUAAUUCUGUAGGAAUUGAUUUCUCUAAGUGGAAUAACUUAAAGGAACCUACGACUCGUCCAUAUAUAAGAAGUUCAAAAAAUGUGUUCAACCGCCAAAACUUUACACGACUGACAACUUUCGUAUAUUUAACUUCAAAAAAAGUAGAAAAUGAAGAAGUUGGGACCACUGCAACACACGAAAAUAUAACGAUUGAUACAAGUAAAAAUAAUUGGCAAAAGUAUAAAAAUUAUAUAAUUAACAAUAAUGAAAAUUCUGGACGUUUUUAUAAUUCCGAACCGAAUAUAUUUUGCGGAUCUCCAGAAAUAGGCAAUGCUCAACUGGUGUUCGCAUCUGACGAAGGUAAAAACAUGUUGAAUUUCAACAUCAUCAACUCAAUGUGCAAAAUGCAGAUGAAAUAUAUCGAAAUAAUGAGUUAUGAGAAAAUAUGUACUGGCGCAGAGAAUUAUCCUCCGGGAGAUCCUAGGAAUUGCUGCGAGGCUUGGUCUCUUCCCAACUACAUUGCUCAGAUGAACCACAAAACAUCAUGUCUUUUAAUUACUGAAUCAGAUGUGUAUAAUACUGAAAGCACUUUGAAACGAUGCGCUAGUUUUUACCGUGAAUCCAAAAUCAGUCCUGAUUGUAGCGUGAAAGGUAAUUGCCAAGUACCUCAGGAAUGUGUACUUUUUGAUAACGUUUAUAAUAUAUUCACUUACAUUACUGAUAAUGAAUUCUUCCUUCCAAAAAAAUCGGAAGACAUGAAAGUGAGCGAGACUAUAAUGAUUCUACCGAUGCCAGCCGGCGAAUUUUUGAUGCCUUUCUAUAAAAGACUGACCGAAAAUCUAUUGCAUAUGGAUGGUAUUUCGGUGGUGGCUAUGAAUCUGGGUUUGAAACAUGCUCUGUUUCGGGAAAGUCUACCCAGCGACGUUACCUACAUACUUUUUGGUGCUAUGGCUUUAACACUAUGCAUGUGCAUCUAUACUCGAUCAGCUUUCCUAACCACCAUGGCUAUAUCCGCGUUAUUUGCAUCGAUAAGUCUUGGAUACUUUCUAUAUUUUUACAUCUUCAGGUUCACCUCCUUCCCUUUCAUGAAUACACUAGCUAUAAUAGUCUCAAUAGCAAUUGGGACUCACGAUUCUCUCAUAUUUUGUGACAUAUGGACCGUCGAGUACGAGACCAGCUAUAAAAGUUUGACGUGCAUUAUGUCAUACACUGUGCGUCACACGUUAAUGUCUAUGGCCGUUACAAGUAUGACAACAUCCGUUACGUUCUUGACAACCUAUUGGAGUUCCGACACAACAAUCCGCUUAAUCGGGCUUUUUGCAGGGAUCGCGAUAUUAUCGCAUUUCAUACUUCUGUUGUGCUGGGUAGUCGCAGUUGCAGUAGUUAAAGAACAAUUAACAACGUUCGAAAAACUAAGGAAUCUUUUAAAAAUAAGAUCUACUGUAAUAAAACGUCUUACCCAACGCCCAAAACGAUAUAUGAUAUUAUUCGACGUACUGUGCAAAUUUAUGGCGAAUGCAAUCUGCAGGUUCAUUGAAAAAUUUAGACAUUCGUUGUUCAUAAGUUUGUCAUUAUUGAGUCUAGCAAGUGUUUUCAUACUAAUUUACCAUCCAUAUCACGAGCAGACCUACUUUAAUUACCAAAUAUUCAUCAGCGAUCAUCCUUUUGAACAGUACGACUUAAAGUAUAAAUUCGACUUUCAGUUCAGCCAAAUCAACAAUCCUCUUGAUAAAUUGCCACUACGUUUCAUCUGGGGAAUCCUACCAGAUAAAGAAAAUAAUAAGAAUCCACGCUUCUUGGAAAAAAUAACAUAUGACCCGUCCUUUAACAUAUCUUCUACGGAAUCACAGGAAUGGCUCUUAGGUUUCUGCCAACGACUGAGACAACAAAAGUUUUAUUUAACAACUGCAAAUAAUAACAAGAACAAUUGCUUUAUGGAAUCUUUUAUAAUAUGGAUGAACCGUAAUUGCGAUGACAAUUCAUCUGAAAACAUGCGACCCUGCUGCGAAGUUAAAGACUUUCCUUACAAACCCGAAUUAUUUGACUAUUGCUUAAAGAAAACAACACCUGAACCGUACGAAGAAGGUAUUACUCAAGUAUUGCCUGGGCCAAAAUUUGUGGACGAAAAAUACGUUGGAGCAAUUAUCAUAGAGUAUUCAAGCAACUAUUCAUUUUCAACUUCUGUCGAUUACCAGCAAUUAUUUAAAGAAAAAAUAAAUACAUGGUUUGUGGAUGAGCUGUCAAAUGCACCGAAAGGUUUGAAAAAUGGUUGGCUUGUAACUGAUUUUGAUUUAUACGAAUUAUAUCGUGUACUAGCUAUCAGCUCAAUCAUAGGAACGUUCCUCUCCAUCCUACUAUCAAUGAUGGUCAUAUACUUUUCAACAUUAAAUCUCAUUAUUGGCAUAUUAACAAUAUUCUGUAUCACCUGUAACAUUGUAACAACUAUGGCAAGUUUACUAAUUUUGGGAUGGUAUGUCGAUCUGUUAAAAGCAAUUGCGUUGUCAAGCACCAUCAGUCUAAGUAUCGAUUACAGUCUUCAAGUGGCCAUAAAUUAUAAAUCUUGUCCAACAAAAAAUGAUCGUUUAAUAGCAAUGAAAUUUGCAAUGCAACAAAUAAUGGGACCAUUGACUAUGGCAUCUAUUUCUAUCAGCAUCAUUGGAUACUUUAUAAUGUUAUCGGAAAUACUAAUUUACAAGCUAAUUGGACAGUUUCUUAUGAUUAUCAUGGGAUUCUCUUGGAUUUUUGCUGUUCUCCAUCUAGGUUCUUUAUUGGCUCUUGUUGGACCGGAAAAUAGUUAUGGACAAUGUAAGAUAAAAUGCUGGUUCUCGAAAAACGCUGAAACUAUUCAAAAGGAAGAUACAAAUGCAGCUCCACCUAGCAAACUCGAAACACCAGAUGACCAAUAUACCGUCGCCUAUAAUAAAUCGGAUAAACCUGAAGCAACAAUUACAAUUGAACCUAUAAAAUCUCCUUGCAACAGUACUGUUGUUGUCGUAGAAGAUAAUUAAAAAAUCGCAUCUUCUGCAAAAUUAAUUUUAAAUUACUUCUAAAUAUUGCACCACGUGUUAAUUACUGUAGUUGAAUAAAUAUAAAAAAUAUUUGCACCGUUAGCUACCUAGAUUUAUGAUUAGGUAAAGUUUCAAUAGUAUAAGUAAAUGUUAACAACCAAAUAAUUGACAUGAAGACAUGUUUUCAUACA